AUGCCUUCAGCCGCAGCCACCUCAGGCGUUACGGAACCGAGCGCAAACGGUACCAAUGGCCACACACCCUCCCAUCCAGCAUUCGACUCGAUACCAGACGUGAUCCGCGCAUUCGCCAACGACGAAUUCGUCAUCGUGCUCGACUCGCCCUCGCGCGAAAAUGAAGGCGACCUCAUCAUCGCCGCAUCCUCCCUCACUCCCGCCAAAGCCUCCUUCAUGAUCCGCUAUUCCUCCGGCUACCUUUGCGCUCCACUACCUGCCUCGCGCGCCGCUGCUCUACACCUCCCGCAAAUGGUUGCCGAUAACGCAGACCCCAACCAAACCGCCUACGCCGUCUCUAUCGACGGUAUCGACCCUUCCAUCUCCACGGGCAUCAGCGCCCACGAUCGCAGCAUGACGUGCCGCCUUCUCGCGGAUGAUAGCGCAAAGGCUGAUUCAUUCAGACGACCUGGACAUAUCCUUCCACUGCAGGCGAGAGAAGGUGGAGUGAGGGUACGAAGGGGACACACGGAGGCUGCGGUAGACCUCUGCAAACUAGCGGGGAAGGGCGAUGUCGGGGUUAUUUGCGAGCUGAUCACCGAUGGAGAGGUCAAAGCGGACGGUGUACCUGAGUUGGUGGGUGGUGGAAUGAUGAGGAGGGAUGAGUGUCUGGCGUUUGGAAAGCAGUGGGGGAUUAAGGUUUGCACAAUCGAGGAUUUGGUGGCGUAUAUCGAGGAAACGGAGGGUGCAAAGGGGGGAAGGUAA